UGUUGCUGUGUCUCUCAGAGGAAACUUUUCACCUCGUGCAGCAACAAUGAGUUCAGUUCAGGCUUUGAGAGAGUUUAUCAACCAGCGACUAACUGCUGCUGCUGGAGAAAUAUUCACCGUGUUUCAACAAACUCUCGUCCAUUUCGAGGAGGAGAUUUAUCGACAGAGAAAACUGCUGGAAAUCAAACGGAAAUCUCAAAUCAGCGGAGAUCAAACAGAGAGUCCACAGCAACACAUUGGUCACCAGAAGACGAGCUCCAGUCUGGAGCAGGAGGAACAUGAAGCUCCACACAUUAAAGAGGAGGAGGAUGUUGUUGAGGUGACUGUUACUGAUGCUGAAGGAGACGAUUCCCACCACUCUGUGAGAGACUUGACCACCCAGAGACUAACUGCUGCUGCUGAGGAGAUAUUCACCCUGUUUCAACAAACUGUGGUUCAGUACGAGGAGGAGAUUGGUCGUCAACACAGAAUGCUGGAAGUCAACUGGAAUCCUCAAAUCAAGUUAACCAGAACAGAGCUCCAACAGGACCAUGACUGCAGAGAGGAGCAGCUCCGUAAACAGGAAACAAACUACUGUCUAGGACAGGAUGAGCCAGAACCUCCACAGAUAAAACAAGAAUCAGAACUUCCACAUAUAAAACAAGAAGACCCAGAACUUCCACAUUUCAAAAAUGAAGAACCAAAACCUCCACAGAAAAAAGAAGAUGAACCAGAACCUCGGCACAUCGAAGAGGAAGAACCUGAACCUCCACAGAUAAAACAGGAAGAACCAGAACCUUCACAUAUCAAAGAAGAAAAAGAAGAACCAGGACUUCAUCAGUUUAAGGAGGAGCAGGAGGAACCAGAAUCUUCACAGACUGAGGAACACGAGGAACUCAGUUCCAGCCAGAAGGGAGAACCAUUUAUUCUGAAGGUUGAAAGUGAAACCUUUAAGGUUCCUUCUGUUGAGGAUCAAAGUGACCUGAGUGAACCAGGAGUACCAGAGACUGAGCAGUUCCUCUCUCAGGACUCUGAAGUCCACCAUGUGAAAAGACACACCGACUCAGAAUCAACUGGAAAUGCAAAGCUGAAAAAAGUCAACGUGUUUCAUAGAAACAGUGUGAACAGCUUUCAUGUUUCAGAGAAGCAGGCUGAAUGUGAAAAGCUUCUUUGUGAAGAAACGUGUGAGAAAACCGACCAUAAAAAACAUCAGUUUUGUCAGAAAGUCGAAAAGGUCAGUGAUGAGAAGAUACUUUAUGGCAUAUGUGGGAUAAGUUUCAGUCAACCGAGUCUUUUUUUGGUCCACAUGGGAACUCACACAGGUGAGAAGCCUCAUUCUUGUGGAACAUGUGGAAAAAGUUUCAGGCGACAGAGUCAUUUAUUGAUCCACAUGAGAAUUCACACAGGUGAGAAGCCUUACUCUUGUGAAAUAUGUGGCAAAAGUUUUAGUCAGCAGAGCGUUUUGAAGGUCCACAGGACAAUUCAUACAGGUGAAAAGCCUCAUUCUUGUGAAACAUGUGGCAAAAGUUUCAGGAAACGGUAUCAUUUGUUUGUCCACAUGAGAAUUCACACAGGUGAGAAGCCAUAUUCUUGUGAAACAUGUGGCAAAAGUUUCUCUCAACGGACCCCUUGGUUGCGCCACUCAGGAACUCACAUCGGUGAAAAGCCAUAUUCUUCUGAAACAUGUGGCAAAAGUUUCAGUCAGCAGAGUGUUUUGAACGACCACAAGAGAAUUCAUGCAGGUGAGAAGCGUCAUUCUUGUGAAACAUGUGGCAAAAGGUUCAGUCAACAGGGUUAUUUGAAGGUCCACAUGAGAAUUCAUACUGGUGAGAAGCCUCAUUCUUGUGAGACAUGUGGCAAAUGUUUCCGUCACAAGUCUACUUUGAAGAACCACAUGAGAACUCAUUCACAUAAGAAGUGUUAAUCUGAGGGACUUGAGCAAAUGUGGCACAAACUGAGCCUUCUGAGGAGGUCUGAGGCCUCCUCAGAGAGGGGACAACGGAAGGCCAAGACAAGCAUCACACAUGCACACACAACCAAAUG